AGCACAAGCAACAGCGUCGCGAGGAGCCUAACCACCGCUGGCCAACAGAUUGGCGCGAGCGGUCAUCAUAUAUAUCUGCCGCAGCCGCAGCGCAUCACAUACUCAUCGCUUGCAACCGGGUAGCCACAGCGGCGCUCCCGACAGCCAGCAAUCGCAGCAGGAUCGCGUCCAGCGACACCGACGAGAUAAAGCGCAAAAAUGGGCUGUUGCGCCUCGAAGAAGCCGGCCGCGCUGGGAGAAGACGGCUCGACGCCCGAAGAGCGCUUGGAGAGGCGGCGGAGCACGAAACAAAAACUCGGCACGGUCGUCAAUCCAAGAGUCGAGGCCGACGACGACCAGUUGGCCAAAUUAGGAUUGGCUUUGAAUGACGAGCUCGAGGAGGGCAAGCCUCUCACUGAGCAAGAGGAAACGAAGCUCAAAGACGAAAUCGUCGCGAAGCUCGAGGACGCGUCGGUGAUGGAGAGUUUUGACGAGACGAGUCGUGUGAGGAUUUUCCGAGGCAUGAUCACGAACAACAAUGGUACUGAUGACGAAAACGUGCAAGAGGCCAUAGAAACUUAUGGUACGGUCGGGAAAUGGCUCCGGGAGCACCCGUCCAUCCUCAGCGAAAAAUUACCCAAAGAAGAAUUAUUGAAUGGAGUCAUGAACGCGCGAGUGGGCGGUGUCGACUUUCAGGGUCACCUCGUGUGGUGCGAACAACUUGGGGACAUCGCGGGAGUCGUGAAGAAGGGUUUAACGGUCGACGAGGCCAAGGUGUUGAGGAUGAAGACCUUGGAAGCAAUCCGAGCGGCCCAGAUCCGCGCCUGCGAGACGCGAGGGCCCCGUAGAUAUAAAAAUGUCUACGUGGUGCACAGUGCAUAAAUCAAAAUGUCGCGACGCGUCUCUGCCACUGCUGCAUCAUGACCUCCACGCCAUCGACGCGACGCCGGCUCGAUGGCGCGGCCGUGGGGGUCUUCCAUCGCUCGAUUCGGUCAGCACGGUCGCGUUUUCGUCGAGGAAGGACUUAGUGAAGAAUUAUCAUGCACUCGACUCACUGGUUGAUUUACGCACAGGUCAUGGACUUAUCUAAACUUUCUACCAUGAGUAUGUCUUCGUCCAGUGUGAGGGACAUGGCCAAGGCCAUCGUGACGGGUGCUGGAAGUUUCUUUCCAGAAACAGCAUGGAAGCUAUUUAUCGUGAACGCGCCCUUUAUUUUCAGAUCAGCCUACAAGGUGAUCUCGCCCCUCAUACAUCCGGUCACGCGCGACAAGAUCAAGAUCUUGGGGGGCAAGUCGGCUUACUUACCAGCGAUGCAGAAAGCAGGCAUUCCCUUGUCUGCUCUACCAGAAUCGAUGGGCGGGAAAUACCCAGACAAAUCGAUAGAGAAAUGCAUCGAGGAGCUCCUCGCUGAGGGUUUUCCCCGGGCGGCGCGCGAGUAUGUACAACAGACUGAGGAAGUUGCAGAGGGCGAGGGCGUUUCUCUGACGCGCGAGCCGUCUCUCCCAGGGGAGGAGGCCGAGGCGGAGACGUUUUCGCCAAGCAUGAAAAUUCUAGGGGUCGUCGGCCUCGCGGCGACGGCCUUCGGCGGCGCCGUCGCGUCCGGAGCCGUAUUCUAGUCCGUUCUUCUGUGGACGGACCACUGUGUAUAAGAUACAAACCAAUUA